GUGCCCUUUUCAGAAAAGGAGGCUUCCCAUUUCAUCUAAUUCCACUGUCUCCCUCUAACUAUCGAUUCCUGCUUCUGCGUUUGCGUAACUGGUAAUUGUCCCAAAAACCCUAUUUCCCAUAAUCGAUGAUGAAAGGUUCGAAGCGUUUGGCCGUGUCGGAACCCAACCCGCCCGAUACCAGCGAAACGACAUUCCGGAAUAAAAGGAUAAUGGAAGGGUCCCUCUUUGAUUUCCAUAGGGCUGAACCUUCCCAACAACCAAUGGUGGCAACACCACAAUUGGAUAUGAAACGGGCAGAAUCAUCACAGCAGCAUGUGAGAGCUUUAAAUACCCAGUUUGCAAGUUGGGUUCAAACACAACUAAAGAAUCAUCCUGAUGAGCUUUGGGAAGACGGUGUCAGAGAUUACUUAGAUCAUGCUUCAAGCAUUAUGGAAAAAUUUAGUGAUGUCGUCAACUGGCUCAAAGCAAAUGCCACCAAGGCAGAAAAUUUGGCUGGUGAUGCUGGUGCUUCAUUUUCUGGGAAAAAGUUCUCAACUGAAGUAAUGAACAAGGAAAAUAAAUCUUUUGGAGAAAAAACUGGGUCUACUCCUGUUACUGCUGCUACAAAUUUUACAAGUUCAUGGAGCACUGGAAUGUUUUCAAACAGUCAAAAUCUUUUUGCAUUUGGACAUCAAACUUCAGCUCCACCUAACAAUGAGGCUUCAAAUGAUGUAGAUGGUGAAAAUGAAUUGGAGCAGCCUAGCAGCCCAUCAGUGAAGAAGUCAGAAGAGAAAGGUGUUGUAGUGGUACAUGAAGUGAAGUGCAAGCUUUACGUGAAGUCAAGUGAUCCAGAAGAUAAGGAUGUAUGGAAAGAUAAAGGAAUGGGCCAACUGUCAAUUAAAUGCAAAGAGGGUGUUAGCAAGGCUACCAAAGAGUCUAAACCUACAAUUGUUGUUCGAAAUGAGGUAGGAAAAAUUCUUCUCAAUGCCUUGUUGUAUCCAGGAAUCAAGACAAAUAUGCAGAAGAAUUCUCUUGUUGCAAUAUUCCAUACCUCGGGUAAUGCUGAUGGAAGCGGUGGAGAAAAUGAUAGUGUUGUUGCACGUACAUUCUUGAUCCGGAUGAAAACAGAAGAUGAUCGAAAUAAACUGGCUUCAACCAUCCAAGAAUAUGCUCCAGUGUCUUGAGAGUACACGAUUAUUGUGCCACCACGACCCAUUAAAAGUUAUCGAAAACUGGAUCCGUCUUCAAUUUUUCGUUUCAAAAAGUUUUAAAUUUUUUUUGGGAAGUGUCAUUUGUUAGAUUGUGUUGCCAAACCUCGUGUUUGGAGGCUGUUACUAUGUACCAUAAGAGAAGAUUUGUAGUUGACUUUGGUCGCGGCUAAAGUACCUUAGAUUAAUGCAAUUGUCGUUUUAAGGGUGAUGCAUGCAUUACCUUGGACCUGCCGUUUUUUUCAAAAGCCAGGGAAAUAGCUUUUUUGGGCUGUCUU